GACCAGCAGAGUCUAGAGAGAUACCCAUCUUUUUUUUUGUGCCCCAGAAACCAAGUCCCAAUCACACAUAUUCAAAAUGCUGAAGUGGACGGCAUCGGCGCAGCGCCUGAACGAGAUUCCCGUGCAGCAGGAUCAGCAUCAGCAGCAGGAUGCGAGUGAGACGACCCAGCGGAGGCGACUCCAGAGGCGGCAGCGCCGUCAGCGAAGGGCCACCAUAGCCAACAAGGAGAAUGUGCCCGACACAGUGGGCUACACCUCCACGCCUGUGCCCAUUGGACGGCGACUCAACAGUCCCUUGGUGCUGGCACCCCUCUCUGAUAUACGCAAUGUUACGCCGGAGGCGGUGGCCAGGAGCCAGGCGGCGCCUCAGCGGGUCCAGAGCGUGCGCUAUGCCGCCACCUUGCCGCGCUUUGCCGAGGAUUACUCGCCCAACGGCCUGCCCAGUGGCCAGCACUUGGCGCUGAGGGGUCUGGCCGCGCUGGAUCCCUUUGUGGGUCAACCGCGCUACAUUGUGGGAUCGGGAGCGGCGGGAGUCAGCCAGCUGAGGCAGCGCAAGCUGGACGACGACUUUGCGGCCACCUUGGAGCCGGAGGUGCCCGAGGUCGAGGUGCCCGUGCCGGAGCCCUCCACCAAGUUGGGAGCGCGUCCCAGCACUCCCCAGCCUGCUUCCACGCAAAUGGGCGACCAGACUUUGGACCGCCUCAUCGAUGCCAUCCUGGACUCCGCCUGCAAGGCCGAUGCCAGCAGCAAGAAGAAGCCGCGGCGAUCCACCUUCAAUCUGCGCAGGCGGACCUUGGUGAAGCAAAUGGAGUCGCAGUGCCCCCAGGAGGUGCUGUCGCCGUCGUACGCACCUGGCGAUGAUCCGGCCGCGGAUCUGAGCUUCGGCCUGGUGCCCCUGCCCAUGCAGAACCUGAUGGCCACCCCGGAGCCAGCCUCUCCGUUGGCCAAGAUUCCGCACAACAUGCUCAUCCAACUGGCCACUCCGGCGCCCUGCGACAACACCUUCUGCCUGGAGACGCCGGUGAAGGCCCUGAAGAGGGGCCGCAAGGAGACCAUCGCCAAGGAGUCGCCCAUCAAGCGCUACAAGGUCGACGAGCGCAACUACUUCGAGGUGGGAUUGGCCCUGCCCUCGUCCAUAUAUGUCUAGCAGAGGUCCUUCGAGAGGAAUCCCACAAGGAAAGUGGGGAGAAGAGAGCGAGCACGCUGACAAACGGGGGGAAAACGCUUAACAUGACGCUUAUCUAG